AUGCCCAUCGUAUCCAUCCUACAGUCUGUAUUGUUUCAAAAGCUACAAAAAGAAUAUUCCCAAGAAGAGUUUGAAGAGUUAUGUUUCAGUUAUGGCUUGGAGUUGGAUGAAAUUACCACUGAGAAAGAAAUGGUUACUCGAGAGAAAGGGAUGGAAAAGUCGAAGGGUCUUAGCACGGAGCCAGUGUAUAAAGUCGAAAUUCCUGCCAAUCGAUAUGAUUUACUUUGUCCAGAGGGUUUAUCUCGUGCACUGAUGAUAUUUGAAUCGAAGAUGAAAACUCCACUGUAUACAUGCAUAAAGACUCAAAAUCCUGUACAAUUGCACGUUUUGCCCUCAACUCAGGCUGUUAGACCUUAUGUUGUUGGAGCUAUAUUAAGAAAUAUUGUUCUAGAUAAAUCCCGUUUAAAUAGUUUUAUAGAUCUCCAGGAGAAACUUCAUCAGAAUCUGUGCAGGAAACGAUCCCUGGUAGCUAUAGGAACGCAUGACUUGGACACUAUAAAACCACCUUUCUAUUAUGAUGCCAAACCACCGAAUGACAUCCGAUUUGUCGCAUUGAAUAAAACGGAAGAACAUAAUGCUGCUGAGUUAAUGCAAAUUUUCUCUACUGAUCCACAUUUGAAACACUAUCUUCCACUCAUUCAAGAUAAGCCGAAAUAUCCUGUUAUUGUGGAUAGUUCGAAUGUCGUCUUAUCAAUGCCGCCGAUCAUAAACGGUGAACAUUCUCGUAUUACAACAAAAACGCGGAACAUUUUUAUUGAAGCCACUGGAAUCGAUUUGCACAAAGCUAUUGUUGUUUUGGAUACAUUGGUUACAAUGUUUUCAGAGUAUUGUGAAAAACCAUUCACAUCUUAA